ACAUGCAGUUACUCUUCAGCGAGUCUCAGCAUCUACGCUGUCGCCACUUGUAGAUGCUUCGACGCUGUGGUUGAAAUUGUUUAGUUAAAGUAAAAAAAAAAAAAAAUCCACCACAUUGCAGCCAUGACCACUUUUGACAACAUCUUGGAUGAAGCAGGGAAGUUCGGCCGCUGCCAGAAGCGCAUCUUCGCCCUGCUGUGCAUGGUGUCCAUGCCCUUUUCAGGGGUGUACGUCGGCAUCGUCUUCCAGGGUUUCACCCCGGAUCACUGGUGCCGGGACCCCGCCGUGGUGCAGAGGAGGCAGGCGUGCGACUGGAGCCCGGCGGCGGGUCGCAGGCUGACGGUGCCUCAGGUCAACCGCUCCGGGGUGCUGCAGCAGAGCAGCUGUGAGCAGUACGAGGUGGACUGGAACGCCACGGCGCUCGCCUGUGACACGCAGGCGCUGGACCUCAGCAGAACCCCCACAAGGGCCUGCAAAGAGGGCUGGGAGUACGACUAUGAGGGCAGGCAGUCCUUCGUCACAGAGUUUGACUUGGUCUGCUCCAACGCCUGGUUGGUGGACAUGUACCAGGCCACUCUCAACGUGGGCUUCCUGAUUGGAAGCAUCACAAUUGGCUACCUGGCCGACAGGUUUGGCAGGAAAAUUAGUUUCCUGAUGGCCAACCUGCUGAACGGGAUCGCAGGGAUCCUGAUGGCCGUGGCUCCCAACUACGCCUCUCUGCUGGUUUUCAGAACGCUGUACGGCUUCGGAGUGAAGGGGGGCUGGAUGGUCGGAUACGUGCUGAUCACAGAGAUCGUGGGGGUGGAGUACAGACGCACAGUGGGAGUCCUUUACCAGAUGUUCUUCAGUGUCGGCAUUCUUCUCCUCCCUCUGCUGGCCUACUUCAUCACAGACUGGCGCUGGCUGCAGAUGGUCAUCAGCGUCCCUUACGUCCUCUUCCUGUCCUACUACUGGUUUGUCCCAGAAUCUCCAAGAUGGCUUCUGUCUCAGAAUAAAAACGCCGAAGCCAUUGAGAUCACUGAGGCCAUGGCUAAGGAGAACAAGAGGACCCUGUCCAAGAACAUCGAGAAUCUGACAGAUGAUAACUCCCAAUACUGCUCUGCCUCCUUCAUGAAUCUGAUCAGAACUCCAAAAAUGAGAAAACACACUUUAAUUCUCAGCUUUAACUGGUUCACCAGCGCUGUGGUCUACCAGGGUUUGAUCAUGAGGCUGGGCAUUUUGGAAGGAAACAUCUACAUGGACUUCCUCAUCUCUGGCCUGGUGGAGUUCCCGGCAGCCUUCCUCAUCCUCUUCACCAUCGAACGGGUCGGCCGGCGCAUUCCCUUCGCCUCCGCCAACAUCGUGGCUGGCGCCGCCUGCUUCAUCACCGCCUUCAUCCCCGACAACUUCAUCUGGCUCAAGACGGUGGUGGCCUGCAUCGGUCGGCUGGGCAUCACCGUGGCCUUCGAGAUGGUGGUGUUUGUCAACACCGAGCUCUACCCGACGUUUGUCAGGAAUCUCGGCGUGUCGGUCUGUUCCACUCUUUGUGAUGUUGGCGGCAUCAUAGCUCCCUUCCUGCUCUACAGACUGGCGGUCAUCUGGCUGGAGCUGCCGCUCAUCAUCUUUGGGUCUCUGGCUUUCGUGGCCGGUGGUUUGGUGCUGCUGCUUCCUGAGACCAAAGGUGUGCCGCUGCCCGACACCAUCAACGACAUCGAGUUCCCAGAGAGAUUGAAGGAGAACGCUGCACUGAAGAAACAGCAGUUGGCCAACUUGCUGCCUGCUGACGACUUUUCAACCAACAACAAACAACCAGAAACUGUUUAACCUGCUUCUGUGACCAAAGUGUUUAUUCAUGCUGCGUUCAUUCCUAUGAAAGUUUCCCACAGGCACACAAAGCCAAAAAAAGAUUGACUUCCAAACAGCUAGCGCAUCAUUUGCAUAAACAGAAGGAAGCAAAUAACUCUGAUUCGGCUAUUGGUGCUUUUAACAUUUUUUGGGAUACGAAAAUGUAAAUAAGGCCUGUUCAAGUGUUUAUAGUGGAAAAGGAUUUAUCACAAAAAAAAUCUGCUGUGUUACUGAUGCCUCUUUUCCCAAAGUCAGAAGAAAUAUUUUUUUGGGCCCAAUGACAUCAUGUGAACAGCCAGUAAGUUGACGUUUUUAUUAUUUUUUUUAUUUAUCAAAGCCAGACACUGCGAGACAAGACUUCUUACUUUUGUAAGAGAGUGUGUGUGCGUGUGUGCGUGUGUGUGUGUGUGUGCGCGCGUUGAUGAUAGUGUUAUUUUGUGUUGUUUCAUAUUCAUAAGGAUUGCCGAUGAAACGAAGCUAUUAAUUGAAUGUAGUACAAAGCAUCACUUCUCCCGUGAUAUUAAUGUAUUUUUGUAAAUGGUCCCUGUUGUGAAUAAAUUUG